AUGAAAGGCUUCAGUGCCUCAUCUCUUCUUGUGCUUUCGUCACUCACAGUAGCUCCUGCAUUGAAUGCCAACUUGAUAUUGGGUCGAAGUAAACGCGUGCAUGCGACUCCUGUUCCUCAUCACCCGUUUGCACCCAUGAAGGGUACACCGAUAGUUUGCUCCGCUUCCAAUACUUCCUUGGAAAUGAAGUGGUCUAAAACAAGCAGUGUCACGGACAGUAUGAAACGCGGAAAUCUGAAAUUUUGGUUGCGCAAGAGCGCUUUUGCAUUCGUUGCUCUCACAAUGUUGAGCCCUGGAUCAGCCGUUGCAGCAAAGGCGGCGGAAACAGUUGAACACCUUCACACUGGUCAAAAAAUAGCAAACUUCUUUAUGGGGUUUGGAUUGCCGAAAUGGGCAGUUUUGUCCAUUAUCUCCGCAAUGCCUGUUGUCGAGCUCCGAGGGGCUGUACCAGUUGGCGUCUGGCUUGGCAUGCCCAUUGCUCAAGUUCUUCCCAUCUGCGUCCUCGGAAAUAUGACACCGAUAGUGCCCCUAUUAUUCAUGUUGCGAAAUGAUAGGCUCAAGAAGCUUAUGGCCCCAAUCUUGAAUCGCGCAGAAAAAAAAGCUUUUGGGCUAGGCGUUGGAUCUCUUGAAAAACAAUGGGUCUCACUAGCAACUUUUGUAGGAAUUCCAUUACCCGGAACUGGUGCAUGGACCGGCGCAAUGGGAGCUUUUCUAUUGAACAUGCCAACAGCUUUGGCUUUGACUUCAAUCUUUGCUGGGGUGGUGUCUGCUGGACUUAUUAUGAGCAUAAUCACACUUGCAGGAAAGAAAGGUGGAUUGGCAGCAAUCGGUGUCCUUCUCGCACUUGCAGCAAAGGAACUUUUUUCAUCGUCGAAACAGGAUUUCUUGGAGGCCGAGCCAUAUUGGGAUCAGUCGUCUGUACCUGUAAAUACGUAUAAGAACAAAGCUCCUUUCAGCGGGAAAAUUAUUUCCACCAAGCGCAUCGUUGGACCAAAGGCAACAGGAGAGACCUGCCACAUCAUCAUUGACCACGGCGGCGACUUCCCCUACUGGGAAGGGCAAUCUUGGGGAGUUAUUCCACCAGGUAAUCGCGAGAAGGAUGGAAAGCCCCACUCUGUCAGACUUUACUCCAUUGCUUCUUCUAGAUAUGGCGACGACAUGACCGGAAGUACUGGUUCUCUUUGCGUCCGCCGUGCUACUUAUUGGUGCCCAGAGCUCAAAGGUAAUGACCCAGCCAAGAAGGGAGUUUGCUCCAACUUUUUGUGUGACACCCAACCUGGUGAUGAGAUCAAGAUGACUGGACCAGCAGGAAAGGUUAUGCUGAUGCCUGAAGAAGACCCUGCUACUGAUUACAUCAUGGUUGCCACCGGAACUGGAAUUGCCCCAUACCGAGGCUUCAUCCGCCGUUUAUUUUUCGAGAAGACCCCUGCUGCCGAGGCUUACAAGGGAGAAGCCUGGUUGUUCCUUGGUGUUGCCAACUCUGACGCUUUGCUGUAUGAUGAUGAAUUCCAAGAGGCCAAGAGCAACUUCCCCGAAAACUUCCGUUUGGAUUAUGCUCUUUCUCGUGAACAAACGAACAAGUCUGGUGGUAAGAUGUACAUCCAAGACAGAGUUGAGGAGUACGCCGACGAGGUUUUUACCAAGUUGGAGAACGGUGCCCACAUCUACUUCUGCGGUUUGAAGGGAAUGAUGCCUGGAAUUCAAGACAUGCUGAAGGGUGUUGCGGAGAAGAAGGGGAUUGAUUAUGAAGAGUGGCUAAAAGGCUUGAAGAAGAACAAGCAAUGGCAUGUUGAGGUGUACUAG